AGUACCAAUACAGAGAGAGAGAGAGGAAAAUUCAAUUCAAAGAGAACAACAAACAGAUUGAUUACACACAUACACAACCUUGAACCUUUCCUUUUGUGAAAUUUUGGUACAUAUUUGGAUUGAAGAGUUAUUUGGAAAAUGAGAAGGCCACUCCGAUAUUCGCACAAUCACCGCACCGACAAAAACAAUCCCUUAGACGCCAUACCCGACGAUCUUGUUAUUUUCAUCCUAUCCAAGCUUAGCUCCAUCUCUUCUUCACCUUCCGAUUUCAUCACCAUCCUCUUAACAUGCAAAAGACUGAGCCGGUUAGGUCUGAAUCGUUUGGUAUUAUCCAAACUCGGGGCUAAGGCAUUCGCUGUAAAACCCAAAAAAUGGUCAGAAUCUGCUAACCGUUUCCUCAAUCACUGUGCCAACGCCGGCAACGCCGAUGCCUGCUAUACUCUCGGAAUGAUCCGUUUUUACUGUUUGCAAAACCGAAGGAGCGGGCUUUCUCUGAUGGCGAAGGCCGCGAUGAGGUUGCACGCGCCGGCUAUGUACUCGCUGGCGGUGAUACAGUUCAACGGUAGCGGUGGUUCCAAGAGCGACAAGGAUCUGCGAGCCGGCGUGGCUCUAUGCGCCCGGGCCUCACUCCUCGGCCACAUCGACGCGCUUCGCGAGUUAGGCCACUGCCUCCAAGACGGUUACGGCGUGCGACAGGACGUCGCCGAGGGGCGACGGUUGCUCGUCCAAGCCAACGCGCAUGAGUUAGCGUUCGUUAUGCGCGCAGUCACGCAAUCCUCCUCCUCCUCGUAUCCGCUGACGUGGCGCGCUCGACGGUUAUGGAACUGUGCGUGCCGAGCGGGUUUGAUUAGUUCGUUACCCAGCGGAAACGGUUAUAACGGUGCGGUGCAGCCGGUGAAUAGGUUUCUGAGGGAGUGGUUCGAGUCGGGUCGUGGGGGUUUGGGAGAGGGGCUUAGACUGUGCGCGCACGUUGGGUGCGGUCGUGCCGAGACGCGGGAGCAAGAGUUCCGGCGGUGUUCUGUUUGUGGCAAGGUGAACUACUGCUCGCGUGGCUGCCAGGCGCUUGACUGGAAGUUAAGACACAAGAUGGAGUGCUCGCCGGUUGAACUGUGGGUUGACGAAAACGAAGGUCGAGUUGGAGGCGGCGAUGGCGGCGGCGGCGCAGUAGGUGACGAUGAAGGUAUUGUAGAGAUGGGAAAUUGAGAACGAAAAGAAAGAAUAAUGGCUGCGUGAUUUUCUGUACAGAUUAGGUAAAGUUUUCUUUCUUGAGUUUUUCGGAAAUUUCUUUCAGAAUUAGUUGUAAUAGUUAGAAGCUUAGUGAAGUUUAGAAUUUUUUUUUUUUUUUUUGUUAAUGAAGGAAAUGGAGGAAGACGUCUUUUUCUAACUUCUUUUCUUCGGCUAGAGCCCAUACGACAGCUGGAGCAGGAUAUGGACUUUAUUAUUAUUUUUCAAAAAAAGAAAAGAAAAAAAGAAUGGUAUUUAUUUCUUUCUAUCUCCUUUUAAAAACAACCGAGACGUGUGUCUUAUCUUAUUUUAUUUGAG